AAUGGCUUCCAAAAUUUCGUCCCACGCCCUUUAAACACAUUACUAACCUGCCACACACCGACUUCUAUUGUAAAACUAGGAUAAACUAUCCACUAAAAUAUUAUAAUCCUGAAAAAGUUAAGAUAUAUUGUUGGCUUUGAGCUAACCUAGCUAGCUUUCCAGACAGCAAUUUGUUGUUGCGCAUGCAAAUGUCCUCCCUUGCAGACUUGAGAUGUUUGUUUGACGUUGUUGUUAUUAGCUUGCUAGCUGCUAAUUUAGCUAGCCACUUGACGGAACACACUCGUGUGGAUUUGUUCAAUGAAGUCUAAGUGAAAGUGAUCCGGACAAGAGUAGCUAGCUAACGUUCAAGGCGUCAAGUGUCUUAAACAUCGUUUCAAAUAUUGCCUGAAAGUUUAGCAAGCUAAUACAUCGAGAUAAUGCCUAAUUGUGGAUCGAAUAUCGGAUGCAAAUUUACUGUAAUCUCCGGACCAGCAAGCUGCUGAAGCUAGCUAGUGUCGUUAGCCAGUUACCUAAUUUAGUUAGCAUCAACUACUGAACAUUCUCCACCUAUGUUUCGGAACAUCGAUAUUCAUUGUGCAUUUUCCCGGAGGAUUACAAUUGCAGAAUUGUCGACCAUUGCUUUUUGUUGAAUUAUUUUCAUAGCGUUUUAGCAACUGUAUCAACUCUGCCUCUCCAGCUCCGACCGUGGCUGGCUAGCUAGCUAGCUAAGCUAGUUAUCCAGCCUGCCGUGCCACCCGCUGUGCACUUCCCCCACUCACCUCCUUCUCCAGCCGGGUAGCUUUAGCUAGCCCGCUAAGUAAAAUGAGACAAGCAUCAACUAUUUAACUGUGUAGCCUGCUGCAAAAUGGAUUGUAAUCUGAUGUAUGAAGACACAACCAUCACAUUGUAAGGUCUCUGUCAAGGAGAUCAGCAGAGGGGAUGGACAAGCCGAAAUCAAACUGCGAAGAAAAUGUCUCUGAUCCGACAGCUGAUGAAAGCGCCCCUACAGAGCAGCCAGUCCCCUCAGAGGGGGAGUCAGAGGCCCCUUCUGCUGCAGAGGACACGUCGGACACUGCUGCUACCACUUCCAACACACAUGUGGAGAGCAGCGUGAGGGCUUGUGCUCUCUGUAACUGCGUGGAGCGCAGCUUGCACGGACAACGGGAACUCCGACAUUUUGGGCCAUCUUCCUCCCGGUCGGCCCUUGAGCCCGCAGCUUCAUCACUGCCAGGGCCUGGGAACGAUGACCUUUCUUCCAUCGGAUUCUCCAACUCCGACGCAUCCUGUCUGGCAGCACAGUUGGAAGACACAGGGGGUUGCUGGGUGCAUCACUGGUGUGCGCUGUGGUCAGAUGGGGUGAAGCAGGCGGAGGAGGCUGAGGAGGAGCUGGAGAAUGUGGACAAGGCCGUCAUCUCAGGGACACAGCGGCUGUGUGAAUAUUGCAAGCGUCUGGGUGCUACCAUCCGCUGCCAUGCUGAGGGCUGCUCACGGUUCUACCACUUCCCCUGCUCUGCUGCCAGCGGCUCCUUUCAGUCCAUGAAGCUGCUGGCUCUCCUCUGUCCAGAGCACAUAGACAAGGCUGAGGAGAUGGCGGGUGAGGAGGCACGGUGCGCCGUCUGUGACUCUGCCGGGGAGCUGCUGGACCUACUGUUCUGUACGGGCUGUGGGCAGCACUACCACGCCGCCUGUCUGGAGAUCAGCGCCACGCCCAUACAGAGAUCAGGGUGGCAGUGCCCAGAGUGUAAAGUGUGCCAGACAUGCAGGCAACCAGGGGAAGACUCUGUGAUGUUAGUAUGUGAUGCCUGCGAUAAGGGCUACCACACCUUCUGUCUCCAGCCAGCCAUGGUCUCUCUUCCCUCCGACACAUGGAAGUGCAGAAGGUGUCGGGUGUGUACGGACUGUGGUGCUAAUGGUCUGACGCAGCCCGGCUCGGCCCAGUGGUUUGACAACUAUGCCGUGUGUGAGGGCUGCCAACGUACCCGCAGUUCUACGUGUGGCGUCUGCGGCAAAGUCUCGGAACCACCAGUCACUCUGCCGCGUUGUAUCACCUGCAACAGGUGGGUGCACAGUGAGUGCUCCUCUACGUCGGAGCCACCUGAGGAAAAGUGCAUCUGUUCGCUCUGCCGAGACAGAGAGCCUGCGCCAGACCCUGUCACACAGACUGACGGACAGACGGACACAAUGGAGAUGCAGCCCACAGAGGCGGGGUCCGAGGUGACGAUAGAAGGACGGACGGACACCGUUGCCGAGAUGACAAUCCAGACGGACGCAGCAGCUGAAGUUCCGAUGGAAAGGCAGACGGGCGUGUCUGAGGAGGUGACGAUAGAACAGGCGGAGACCAAGACGAACGAGGAGGUGCCCAUGGAGCUGGGGACGGAGGCUAAAGUGGUAGAAACGACUGAGAGCACCAUGGAGGCGGGGCCUCAGCUGGAAACGGAGGUAGUCCCUACAGAACAGCCCAUGGUCCAGGCUGAGGUUACAGAAGAAUGUCAAACAACUGAACAACAGGAGGCUCCUAGUUUACCUGUGSCUGUUGCGGAAGAGAGAACAGAGGAUGUUUCCAACCAGAUGCCCCAUCCCCAGGUCAGCUAUGUCCCUGUCCUUGAGUCUCCGGAGUCACCAGAACAGCAACCACCGCAGUCACCAGAACCAGCACCAGUAGUGCAGCUCGGCCCUGACCACAGAAAGGAGAAGGAGAGGGAGGAGGAGGUCAAGCCCUCAACAGAGCAGCAGUCUACACAGGAGGAGGAGAAGAUAAGCGGUGAGGGCAUGUCUACCACCAAGCCAUCCAUUUGGGACUCGCCAGAGUCACCGACCCCUCCCAUGCAAGAGGCGGAGCAUGUUUCCAUGGACACAGAUGAGGCCGGGCUAAAGGAGGAACGCUCAGGGUCUCCCAUUCCUCCUGCUCCACAGGCCGACACACAGGAGGCUGCUCCUUCUACUGUGGACAUGGAGGACAGGGGGACUCACUCUGAGGAGGAGGAGGAGUUUGUAGAAGAAGAAGAGGAGGAGCAGCAGGGGAAAGAGGCAGACGGAGAGGGUCAUCAUAGUCAUCACAGAAGGGUCAAGAUCAAGCAGGAGCCCCAGGACCCCACGGAGGAGCAGGAGGAGACGAAGCCUGAUCAACUCCUCCUGGAUGAGAUGUCCAACCAGAGCCACCAGAGUCACGGGGACGAGAGCAGCUCUGGCUUCCUGGGCUCCCCGGCCGAGAACGAGGCUGAGGCAGAGCCUGACGCACAGCUGUCCAUGGAGCUUAGCCUGAUGCCCACCGGACGCUCGCGUUCCGACUCCCUGCUCACUGAGACGGACGACUCGCUGCCCUUUGACCCCCUCAAACCAGACGGGGAGAAGAAGAGGAGAGGCUCUCCGGGACGCUCCCGGGUCAAACAGGGGCGGGGCAGCAGCAGUUUCCCGGGGAAGCGGCGCCCUCGCGGUGGUGGCGGUGGGAGGGGCCGUGGUGGAAGGAACCGCCUCAAAGCCAUGGCCUCCUGCAUCGACGCCUUCCUGCUGAGCAUGACAGCAGCAGACACUGGACUGAGUAAGGAGGAGGAGGAGGGGGAGGAAGAUGAGGCUAUGCAGAACACGGUGGUGCUCUUCUCCAACACCGAUAAAUUCGUCCUGCUUCAGGACAUGUGUGUGGUGUGUGGCAGUUUUGGGAAGGGUGUGGAGGGGCAGCUGUUGGCAUGUGCUCAGUGUGCACAGUGUUACCAUCCAUACUGUGUGAACAGCAAAAUGACUAAGAUGAUGCUGCGUAAGGGCUGGCGUUGUCUGGAAUGUAUCGUGUGUGAGGUGUGCGGCAAGGCCUCGGACCCGGCCCGCCUGCUGCUGUGUGACGACUGUGACGUCAGCUACCACACCUACUGCCUGGACCCACCCCUACACACUGUACCCAAGGGGGGAUGGAAAUGCAAAUGGUGUGUGAGCUGUAUGCAGUGUGGUGCCAGCAGCCCGGGGUUCCACUGUGAGUGGCAGAACAACUACACCCACUGUGGCCCCUGUGCCAGCCUGGUCACCUGCCCUGUCUGCAGGGAGAACUUCAUGGAGGAAGAGCUGCUGCUGCAGUGCCAACACUGUGACAGAUGGGUGCACGCGGUAUGUGAGAGUCUGUACACUGAGGACGAGGUGGAGCAAGCUUCUGAUGAGGGCUUUGCCUGCACAUCCUGCACUCCCUACGUCCCCAAACCCAUAGUAACAGUGGAUACGACCUACAUGACAGCCAUGAAGAUAAAAGAACCAGAGCGUCAGUUCUACCGGUUGGAGGGAGUGUGGCUGACCGAGACGGGCAUGUCCCUGCUGCGUAGCAUUUCUAUGUCUCCCCUACACAAGAGACGGCAGCGGCGUUCCCGCCUGGAUAUGCUGUGUGGCGACGGAGGACAUGACGGCAUUGAGCUACGAGACGGCGAGGGAGACGGGGACGAGGGAAAAGGCUGUGGGGAGCCCAUGGAAUGUGAGACCGGAGCCCCUGGUGUAAAACAGGAGCCUCCAGGGAGCCCAGACAGAGAGCUGGGAGCAGAAGGAGGUGGUGAGGGGAUGGAGGAGGGCCUCCUCAAAGGAGGAGUAGAGGAGACUGACGAGGGGAAGAAGAGGAAGAGGAAACCCUACAGACCAGGGAUCGGUGGCUUCAUGGUGCGCCAGAGGAAGUGUCACACGCGGAUGAAGAAAGGUCUGUUCCCCCAUCUGUCUCAUCUGGCUGGAGACGGGACAAUUACUACAGAUGGACGGACGGGAGAGAAACCAGCCCUAGAGGAAGGGCCCCACCCAGACACACCUAUAGAUGGCCCCCCGGAGAUUAAGCCAGCUGAGGGAGAGGGGGAGCAGGCCAAGAAACGACGAGGCAGGAAGAAGAGCAAACUGGAGGACAUGUUCCCAGCGUACCUGCAGGAGGCGUUCUUUGGUAAACAACUGAUGGACCUGAGUAAGAAGGCUCUCCUGGUUCCCCCAGGACCAAGGCAUCAUGGUGCCAUGGGUCUCCUCCGACCUCCACUGCCCCAUGCACCUGGGGCCAAACCCACCGCACCUGACGCAACAGAGGCCAGGGAGCAAGCGAUGGGGUCUGGGAUGCACCUGAAGCAGGAGGGGGGUGAAGGAUCCCAGGCUCAGGGCGAGGGAGCAGGGUCGUCUUCGUCUGUCAAAGAACCGAGUUCGACGGACCCUCAAGGCUCCGACACGGAGAAGAAUGAAGGUCUUCCUCAGGGCAUGGAGAGUCAGGACUCUGAGCAGUUCUUCAGGAAGGUCCUGGGAACUUCAGAGGGGGCCUCUUUAGGAGGGUCUCUACAGAGCAGCAUGAGGCCCAUCCUGGAGGGAGUCAAGGGGGAGAUGAACCGCAGUGGUCUGCCACAGAGGAGCCUCCUCACUGGGUCGCUGCCCUCAGCUGGUGUGAUGGACUCCUUCCCUGGACUCUCUCAGUCUCCGUUCUUCGACAUGCGGGACCGGGCAGGUCUGUUCAGUCCAGACGGGGGAGAGGAGAGCCCAUGGGCGACCCCCUCCACCCCUGCCACACCCUCCACUCCCCCUACCCCCGGCGAGGCAGAUGGAGACGGGCUGUCCUAUAACCAGCGCAGCCUCCAGCGCUGGGAGAAGGACGAGGAGCUAGGAGAGAUGUCCACCAUCUCCCCUGUACUCUACGCAAACACAAACUUCCCCACUCUCAGACGGGACUACCCAGACUGGUCCAGUCGCUGUAAACAGAUCAUGAAGAUCUGGAGGAAGAUUUCAGCUGCUGACAAGGUUCCUUUUCUGCAAAAGGCCAAAGACAACAGAGCAGCUCACUGCCCCAGGGUCCCCUCCAGCCCCCAGUCACAAGGCAGCUCCCAGUCCCCCCUCACUCCUGGAGCCCUCUCCAACGAUGCAUUCUCUGUCCAGUCCCCGGCAUCCAACUCGCGCUUCCAGUCGCCUGACCCCUACUCCCAGCCCCCCCCGUGCCCCCAGUCCAGGGACCCCUUUUCUGCUUUGCACAAGCCCCCCCGGCCCACCUCUGCUGCUCCCGAGGGCACCCCCAGUUUUAGAGGCUCACCUCACCCCAACCAGCCUCUUUCACUCACCCCGUCCUCCACCCCUGUCGGGGACCCUCUCUCUGGGAAGCCCUCUGGGUUCAGCCGGGGCCCCAACAUGGCCUAUCAGAUGGCCCAGCAACAGCAACAACUCCUCCAGCAGCAGCAGCAGCAGCAGCAGCAGCAGCAGCAGCAGCAGCAGCAACAACAGCAGCUCCAGCAGCAGCAACAGCCCCAGACUCAGGCCAUGGGUGCCAACUUCCACUCCAGGAUGCCUCCCCAGCAGGACCCCACAGCCCCCCAACCCCCGGAUGCACCUCAACCCCAGGGGACUAUGUCCGGCGCCCAGGAGAUGCCUGACAUGUCAGCGGUUCAAGAUCCUUCACUACUGGACCUCAGCCCCUCUGAGCUGGAGAAGCAGAGACAGCGACAGAAACUGAGGGAGUUGUUGAUCCGACAGCAGAUGCAGCGAAACUCAAUCCGGCAAGAGAAAGAGGCUGCAGCAGCCAGCAGUGCUGCCCCCUGUUGGCCUGGAGGAGACAUGGCAGCCUAUCAGCACGACAAAGCCCGCCGUGCUCCACCACCCUACCCACAGGACCGUGCUGCUGCUGGUGGCCAGGCAACAUUGGCAGGGAAGAUGGAUUGUGGCCGUUUGCCACCCCCAGGAACCCCUGCUAUGAUGGACCCCAACCAGCUCAGACAACCAGCGCCCCCCAACCCCCAGGGCAUGUAUAGUCGACCUCCGUUCCCUGGCCAGUGGCAGCAGGGCCCGGGUCCCCGUCGGUUCCCCCAGCCUGGCAUAGAGGGUGUGGGCCCCAGGCACAACCUCAACGCCCCCCUCAACAUGCAGCCCGGCAUGGACCCCGGAGGACCCCCACCACAGUUCAUUGAGCUGAGGCACAACUCUCAGAGGCUUCCCCUGGGGACCCAGUUUCUCCAACGUGGGCCCCAGCAACGGCCGCGUCUCUAUAUUCCCCAGCAGCAGGAAAUGGCCCCCGGCCAGUUUAUUCAUCAUCCAAUGCAUCAGGGUAUGGACCCUCAGACAGAGGGUGUUAGAGACUCACGGCUGGGGCUACAGCAGGGUGGUAUGAGUCUAUUACUGCCACAGCAGAGCAUUGGCCUCUCACAGCAGCAACCCCAUCUCCAGCCCCACACAGGCACUUCCCAGGUCGCUAACGCUCCCAGUUCUCACUCUGGGCAGCAGCAGCACCAGCCUCCCCAGAACUCCACAGAGUCCCAGGCUGGAGCUUUGGGGGACCCUAAUGUUGAUCUCCCCGAGCCCGACCUGGAGGAUCCGUUUGCCCCCAAAAGGCUAGGGAAUGCCCCCGGGGAUGGAGGAAUGGAAGAUGAGGAUGACCUGGCUCUGGAUCUAGACCCUGAUAAGGGUGACGACGACCUGGGUAACCUUGACAACCUGGAGACCACAGAUCCGCACCUAGACGACUUACUCAACAGUGACGAGUUUGACCUGCUGGCUUAUACGGACCCUGAGCUGGACCAAGGGGACCCCAAGGAUGUGUUCUCGGACCAGCUGCGGUUGGUGGAAGCAGAGGGUGAAACACCAGGUACCUCUGGAGCUCAGGACAUCAAAGUGGAACAGAAACCAAAAUUGGAGGAAAACCCAAUCUCAAACACGGGGGGCUCCACGUUGUCCACAACACCCCAUCCCUCCUCCUCGGAGUCUGCCGACACCUUCAGGAUCAAGCUCGAGCCAGGCCAAGCGGUGGUGAAGGAUGAGAUGGGAGAAGCAGUCUCCAUGCUCCUUCAAACAAACAAAUCCUCCACUCAACCAGAGAACCAGGGUGCCUCUCUGAGCUCUGUGCGGUUAGGGGGGCUCCCAUACCCUCUUCCUGGUCAGGCUGACUCCUUAUCCUCUCUGGGGGAGGACCCUUUGGGGCUGCCCGAUGGAGGGGGACAGCACUCCCCAGCCGUGGAUCUAGACAAAGUCGAGAGCUCCCUGGAAGCCAGCGAGCUUCCCUUGCUGAUCCAGGACCUGCUGGAGCACGAGAAGAAGGAGCUCCAGAAACAGCAGCAGCAACAGCAGCAGCUCAGCUCCCUCCACCAGGGGGCGAUGAGGGCUCACAUGGGAGGCCACCCCAACCACCAGGGGGGUCCUGGACAUAUCAUGCUGACCCAGCACCACCGCCCCCAACCCCAGGGUAUGAUGGGACAGCCAGGUAUGGUGCCACGCCCUCCACACCUCCUGCAGCAGCAAAGGAUCAUGGGACAACCAGGGAUGACGCCACAGCACAUGGCUGCCAUGGCUCAGCAACAAGGCAUGAUGAGGAUGGGGCAUCCUGGGGGAAUUCACCCAGGACUCAAUCCGCAGCAGCAGCAGCAGCAGCAGCAGCAGCAGCAGCAGCAGCAGCAACAACAGAUUAAACAGUCAACUCUGGCUGAUAACUUCUUCCCUGAUAAAGAUCUAGACAAGUUUGUGACUGACGACAUCAUGGAUCCCAUCGCCAAGGCAAAGAUGGUGGCACUGAAGGGCAUCAAGAGAGUGUUGGCACAGGACCCAAUGGGGGUACCCUCUGGAAUCAACAGACAACAGGUCUCUCUGUUGGCCCAGAGACUAGCGUCGGCACCCGGAUCGGGAGACCCACAGGGUCAACUCGCAUCUGGCCCAUCUAAGGAAGGGGAAUGCAGUGACCCAACACAAUCGAGACCCAACCCUCCCCAGUUUGUACAAGGGAUCAUCAACGAUGCAGAGCAGCACCAGUAUGAAGAGUGGCUCCUGCACACCCAGCAGCUGCUGCAGAUGCAGCUCAAGUUCCUGGAGGAGCAGAUCGGAGCUCACCGCAAGUCCCGCAAGGCUCUGUGUGCCAAGCAGCGCACUGCCAAAAAGGCAGGCCGUGAUUUCGCCGAGGCUGACGCAGAGAAACUCAAAUUGGUCACCGAGGAGCAGAGCAAGAUCCAGAAACAACUGGACCAGGUGCGAAAGCAGCAAAAGGAACACACCAACCUGAUUGCAGAGUACAGGAGCAAGCAGCAGCAGCACCAGCAGGGCUCUAGUCUCCUGGCCCCAGGGCCCUCCACCCAGGGGACCCACUUGCUCUCCAAGAUGCCCGGGCAGAUGAUGAUGGGUCAGCAAGGAGGUAUGCCCGUCAGAAUACCCCCACAGGGGCAGCCGUUCCUAGGAGGAGGCCAGCACCCUGGAGCUCUGGGAGUCAGAUCCCCUGGUCCUCCUGGUGGUCCUCCUGCAGGGUUCUUCCCCCAGGGUCCAGGAGGAGUCCAAGGGGCAGACCCAAGACUUCUCCAAGAGAGACAACACAGGAUGCAGAUCAUUCAGAAACUACAACAGCAGCAGCAGCAGCAGCAACAACAGGCAAUGAUGCAAGGCCAGCAGCCCAUGCCACAUCCAGGUGUCCAACCAGGUAUGUUGCCACAGCCAAGCGUCAUGGGUAACUCUCUGAUUAGUCAACAACAACCAAACCUCCAACAGGGAAUUGUGCCCAACCAGGCCAUGGUGCCCCAGGGUAUGGUACCAGGGCAGGCUGUGGCCCAGCCAGCUCAGACCCUGAUGGGAGGGCAGGCUAUGAACCAGCCUCCAGGCAUGAUGGUUGCUCAGCCGGGCAUGAUGGGGGCCCAGCCAGGCAUACAGCAGCAACAGAGGCCUCAGGUCCUAAUGGGCCAGCAGGGAGUAGUGGGACCCCCUCAGCACCAUGGACUCAGAGGACCCGGCCAGGCCCAGCUCACACCUCAACAACAACAAAUCCUGGCCCAGCGCAUGUUGGCGCAACAGAAGCUACAGCCACAGCAAGUGGCACAACAACAGCUCAGGCAACCACCACCACAGGGCUUCAUCAGCCAACCCAACCAGUCUCACGACUCCCACGGAGGACUCUCUCAACCUGCUACCCCAGGUCAGAUGGGAUCUUCUCCCGCUUCAGCAGGGGGGAGCACACGGGUCACCCCGCAACCAACUGAGGGGCUGCAGCAGGGGGAGGGUGGUAUCCUUAGUCCCAGCUCCAGGACACCUCCACAGCAGGGUGGACCUGGACCUUCAACCCCUGGCCAGAUGACCCAACCAGGGGCUUCUGGAGAGCAACAGGUGGUAGUGGGACAACAACAGCAGCAAUACAUGGCCCAGCAGCAGCAACAGGCACCACAACAACAACCCCCUCAAAAUGCUCAUGCUGGACAUCAACAGCAAGCAGGUUACCAACAGGCUGGCAUGCACCCCCAAGUACAACAGCAGCAAUCACAGCAGCAACAGCAGCUUCAACAACAACUCUCUCUACAGCGACAGAGUUCCCUCAAUGCUGAUCCCUCAAAGUCUGGUUUGGUUACCGUCAAGCAGGAAGGACAGCAGAUGUGUUACAUGGCCCAACAACAACAGCAGCAGCAACAACAACAACAACAACAGAAUCUUAUGCAGCAAGCCCAGGACCCCAUUAGACAACAACAACAUGACAAUAUGGGCCAGAUGCAAAAUGUGAUGGGUCAACAGAACCACCCUGGUCAGCCUCAGCCCGUCCCUGGUAUGCCAGGCCACCCUAGUCCCCAGCAACAGGCCCUCAUGGCCCAGCAGCAGAAGCAGCAGGCCAUGAUGGGCAUGCUUAGAGCCCAGCAGCAGGUCAUAAUGCCUGGCCAGAGGCCUGGAGGUCCACCUGGUCAGAUACGCACCCCAGUCAACAUCCAGACUAUCAUAGCCCAGAACCCCCAGCUCCGACACCUCACCCCCAACCAGCAGAUACAGCACAUCAAGGCCAUGAUCCAACAGCGCCAGCUCCAACAACAACAGGGCCAGAUGCUGAGGCUCCAGGUGGGUCAAGGACAGCCAGGCCAGAUGAGGCCCCAGGAGCCACUAGGACCAGGGCAGCAGGUGGGACAGGUCCAGAGGAUGCCUGGAGGUCUGGAAGUCCAGCAGCAGAUGCACUAUGGAGGAGUUCUUGGUAAACCAGGGGGAGUGGGCUCCCCGCAACAACCAGGAAUGAUGGGCCCCGGCCAACCACCGGGCGUGGUGACUCCUCAGAUGCAGCAGCAAGGGAUCACAGGACCUGUAGUUCAACAGCAGCAGCCAGGAGCCUCGCCUCAGUACGCUCUGAGUGUCCAACAGCAGCAGAUGAUGAUGCAGCAACAACAGGCCCUGCAACACCAGAUGAUGAGAGGCCAGGUACCCAUGGCUCGCUCCCCCAUGGGGCAGAUACGUGGUGGGCCCCCCCAGGGCCGCCUCAUAAGGCCCAUGUCUCCCCGCCAACCCUUGGCCAACUCCCCUGGUGACCCACAGCGCCACGCCAUGGCACAGGCGAUGGGGAUGCGUCAACCCAACCAAGUCAUGCAACACCAGCAACAACCACAUAUCCACAUGGCUCAACAACGCUUCCAGGGAUCUCCCUCCCACGCAGGCUCCCCUGGAGGAUCCUCAGUGCAGAAACAGGAAGCAGGCAUGAGCCCAGCUACCCCAGGAACGCCGCACUCCACCCACGUUGCCUCUCCGUCUGUAACUGACGGGGCAGCUGGGAAAGGUAGUCCUUACAGUCAGAUCAAGGCGUCUCCUCUCAGGUCACCUGGAGCAUCCAAGAGUCCCCUGGACUACCCUGGGCUUAAGGCGGGAAGUGGCGACACAACCCAUAGCCAAGUCCCUCCGAAUGGGCCUUCGCCUCAGAAGGGUGAUAGUGGACAGCAGGGCCAGCAGCAUCCACAACAGGGCUCAGAGAGCCAGGGUCGUCCUCAAUCCCCACCAGGCUCCAGAGAGGGUGCUCUGUGUAAAAUGACCCUACAGAAUAUCAAACAGGAGCCCAGAGAGGUGACUUGUGAUGGAGAAGGUGGUGGUGGUCCUCACUCCGGGGCCAUCAAGAGGGAGGUGACUGGGGAGCCGGUUGGAGGGUUUGGUAACACUGGUCCUGGACCAGGAGGGGAACCCGGAGCCCACGUCCUCAGGACUGAGACAGGACAACAGCUGCUGCAGAAGCUCCUGAGGACCAAGAACCUGCAGCUGGCAGCUCAGAGGCCAUCUGACGGCAUCCACAACGAGAUCAACGGACACAUCAACAGCAAGCUGGCCAUGCUGGAGCAGAAACUACAGGGGACUCCACGCAACAUGGAGGAUCUGCAGUCCAUCACAAAGAGGGCUCCUGUUGCCAAGGUAAAGCGCACCAACAAGCCUGGAGAACGAGCGCCCCAAUCCCGUAAGAAGAAGAAAGAGGAGGUUGGGAAGAGCACUGAAGCCCUGAUGAAACAACUGAAACAGGGCCUUUCUCUCCUUCCCCUGAUGGAGCCCUCCAUCACUGCCAGUCUGGACCUGUUCGCCCCCUUCGGCAGCAGCCCGGCCGACGGCAAGGCCCAGCUCAAGGGCUCCUUUGGAAAUGCAGUACUGGACAACAUCCCGGACUACUACUCUCAGCUUCUCACCAAGAGUAACCUCAGUAAUCCACCAACACCCCCGUCCUCCCUGCCCCCCACACCACCCCCCUCGGUACAGCACAAGAUGCUCAAUGGGACGACUGCUGUGGAGGAGCUGACUGAGGUACAGAAGGAGAGCGACACUAUGGAUUCUGUCACUGAGGAGGUGAAGAGUAUGGAUAUCCUUGCAGCGCUCCCCACCCCUCCUCACAACCAGAACGAGGACAUCAGGAUGGAGAGUGACGAGGACAGCGACGCUCCAGACAGUAUCGUCCCAGCGUCCUCUCCUGAGAGUGACCUAGGCGACGAGGCGCCACGCUUCCCUCGCCUCCGAGAACCCAAAGAGGAGGAGACGGAGAGAACCAUCUCCCCUACCAUACCACUCAUCCCCCGCACUGCCAUCCCAGUGUUUCCAGAGAACAAGCCGUUUGAAGCAGCGGCUGACAAGUUGGCGUCUACAACCAACUCCUGGGACAAAGCCAAGAGCAAYGAGGUGGCUGUGACCUUCACACUGACCUCCGCUGCAGCCAAGAAUCUGAACCAUGUAAUGGUGGCUGUGGCUCAGCUCCUCCACAUGCGGAUGCCUGGUUCCUAUGAGGUGGCUUUCUCUCCCAGCCCGAGCAGAGCAGGAGCCUCAGGACCAGGGAAAAGCCCCGAACAACCAGGUACUGGACCGCCAGGUGCUCUGUGUGUGAAGACUGGUGGUAUAGAUGGUAGUUCAGCCAGCCAGGACGCAGAGUGGCUCAGGCAGUUUGAUGUUUCUYUGCCAGGCUGCACUCUGAAGAAACAGGUGGACAUCCUCUCACUCAUCAAACAGGAGUUCCCCGAACAGGAGGACAAACCGGUUCAACACUGUUACACCACCAACGUGUCUGACCUGGAUGUCCGCCAUCUCCCCGUCAUCCCUGUCCAGGAUUCCCCGCCCUCCUCUCCCUCUCCUCCUCCUGUCCCCGCUCCUCCUAGUGAACCUGAGCCUCCCACACAGCCAGCCUCCCCCUCCCAGCCAGCCUCCCCCUCUCAGCUAGCCUUUCCCUUUCAAGUUCCCUCCAGCCCUGCUCAGACCACCGUUCAGGUCAAAAUGGAGCCUGCCACCGCCACUGUUCAGAUCAAAACGGAGACUGAGGCUGAGGAGGCCAUCCUUCCCCCUCCUGACCCUGUCCUUGUCCCCGACUCUGACCCUGGUGCUGACACUAAGGCUCCUGUUCUUGACUCUGCUGAGGCUCCUGCUGCUCAGGCGGACUAUGAUGCCAAGCCUGCUGACCAGCCAGCCCCCCAUCCCCAGGACACCCCCACCUCCCCCACAGCCAGCCUGGAGGUGAUCUCCCCCAAGGUGAAGCACCGCAGCAGGCCCCUCUCCCCCGACCCUGAGGAGAUGGUGGUCCGGCCCAAGGUGAAAAAGUGGAAGGGCCUCCGAUGGAAGCGUCUCCAGAUCGUCAUCACCAUCCGUAAAGGAGGCUCCAAGAAGGAGAGCAGCCGCGGGGUCUCAGAGCUCAUGGAGCGUCUGCGCAUCACCCUGAGGCCUGACAAGCUGCCUCGGGACAAACGCAAGUGCUGCUUCUGCCACGAGGAGGGCGACGGCGCCACGGACGGCCCCGCCAGGCUCCUCAACAUCGAUGUGGACCUGUGGGUUCAUCUUAACUGCGCCCUGUGGAGCACGGAGGUGUACGAGACGCAGGGAGGCGCGCUGAUGAACGUCGAAAUGGCGUUGAGGCGCGGGCUCCGCACCCGCUGUGCCUGCUGCCAGAAGACGGGCGCCACCAACAGCUGCAACCGCCUGCGCUGCCCCAAUGUCUACCACUUCGCCUGCGGCAUCCAGGCCCGCUGCAUGUUCUUCAGGGACAAGACCAUGCUGUGCACCCAACACAAACUGAAAGGACCCAGCGAGGAGGAGCUGACGGGCUUCUCCGUGUUCCGCCGGGUCUACAUCGAGAGAGACGAGGUCAAGCAGAUCGCCAGCAUCUUACAACGCGGCGACCGCAUCCACCUGUUCCGCGUAGGCGGCCUCAUCUUCCACGCCGUAGGUCAGCUGCUGCCGUCUCAGAUGCAAGCCUUCCACUCCCCUACCGCCAUCUUCCCCGUGGGCUACGAGGCUACCAGGAUCUACUGGAGCACGCGGGUGCCUAACCGCCGGUGUCGGUAUCGUUGUCGUAUCAGCGAGACGGAGGGAAGGCCGCUGUUCGAGGUACGGGUGCUGGAGCAUGGACAGGAGGACCUGCACUACCGCGACACCAGCCCAGAAGGUAUCUGGGACAGAGUGGUUCAGUCUGUAGCUAAGCUGAGAGAGGAGUCUGCCAUGCUGAAGCUGUUCACUGACCAUGUGAAGGGGGAGGACAUGUACGGCCUCACUGUCCACGCCGUUCUGCGCAUUACUGAGUCGUUGCCUGGAGUGGAGAGCUGCCAGAACUACGUGUUCCGAUACGGUCGCCACCCUCUGAUGGAGCUGCCGCUCAUGAUCAACCCCACCGGCUGCGCCCGCUCCGAGCCCAAGAUCCUCACACACUGCAAGAGGCCUCACACCCUGAACAGUACGUCCAUGUCCAAGGCCUACCAGAGCACCUUCACCGGCGAGAUCAACACCCCCUACAGCAAGCAGUUUGUCCACUCCAAGUCCUCCCAGUACCGGCGUCUGAAGACAGAGUGGAAGAACAACGUCUACCUGGCUCGUUCACAGAUCCAGGGGCUGGGGCUAUACGCUGCCAAGGACCUGGACAAACACACCAUGGUCAUCGAGUAUAUAGGAACCAUCAUCCGCAACGAGGUGGCCAACCGCCGCGAGAAGAUCUACGAGGAACAGAACCGUGGGAUCUACAUGUUCCGCACCAACAACGAGCAUGUGAUCGAUGCCACUCUGACUGGCGGCCCAGCUCGCUAUGUCAACCACUCCUGUGCCCCCAACUGUGUUGCCGAGGUGGUGACGUUUGACAAAGAGGACAAGAUCAUCAUUAUCUCCAGUCGCCGGAUCCCCAAGGGAGAAGAGCUGACGUACGAYUAUCAGUUUGACUUUGAGGACGAUCAGCACAAGAUCCCUUGCCACUGCGGAGCCUGGAAUUGCCGAAAGUGGAUGAACUAAACGAACGGGGAAAAACAGAGCGAAAAACAGAGAGGGGGGGGGAGGGGAGUCCCUUCUUUCUCCUGGGUGCCAGAACAGAACACUCCUGCUGCGCCAAAGCCUAUAGAGUCUUUAGAACUACUUACCCAGUUCAUAAGCUGUUCGUAAGCUGACGAACGAGGAGGGAAAUCUAACCUCCAAAUCAAUAAGAUGAAGACGUUUGCAUUCACACCUGUAGCCAAAGGUUUGAAGAGCAUUACUGAUUCUGAACGCAAACCCACCUCUAUUGACAUCCAGCCGAAUGGUGGGACAAUCUCUUUGUGGAUGAACUGUGUCCUCUGCCAAAAGCAACUCUUUCCUCUACCUACCUACCGCUCCCCCCUUCAAUAACUAUGGCUGGAAUACAAUCCUCUAAACUUACCAAAUGUUCUGAUUCUAUGUGAUAUCAAUACUCUCUUAGGACAGAUCUCACCUAGAGCUUUGAAGAAAGAAGCCAUUUUAAGUACAAAGAACAAACGAAUGCAUUUUUUGUUUUAGGGUCUUACCUAUCCUAUUCUUCUUCUCCUCCCGCACUCCCCCUCUUCCUAACCUAACCCUUAAGGAAAAGACACUCUCCCGUCGUCAUUGGUGGAGAUUGACUCCCCAACGUGGAUAUUAUUGGCUAGCUAGACAAUCCUGAAGACAGUGGCUCUGAGUCUGUAUAGAAGAACGACGUAUCGCUGGAGACGGAGUAGAAAGAUUUCUGAUACUAUAAAAGUUGACCUCUAGAGGCACCAGACAUAAAGGUUUUAUUGGCCUGACUGACUAAAGGAGUUUAUAAAAGGUGGGUUAGUUGGACCCCCAGUCUACCUCAUUGAUCUAGUGGGAGUGACUGCUUACUUUGUGUAAAAACUGCUACUGUGGAAAAGGGGGAAGAAAGGGGUCGGUGGGAAUGUUAUCAUUAGGCUAAUAAUAUAGCCUUCUCGGACAUGCAGGGAAACUUAAACUAGCAGCCGGUUUGCUCUAUCUAUUCUAUGCUGAUUUUACAAUAAUGAGCCAACAAUAUUAUUCCUCAUUAAUUAUGUAUACAGACGGAAUAAAUUAUAUGAUCGUUUUUUUUUUUUUUUUAAUUUUUAGAUAUCGCAUUAAGAUCAAUCACAAGCUUAACAGGUAUCAUGAGAUGACUCCUGAUCAUCCUGGAUUUCAUGUAGCUACUUUUUUUUGUUGCCCUUCUCUGCAUAUUUAUAACGCAUUUAGAUAUCAUGCUUCUUAGUUGACUGAAUGCACAGUAACAUCUAACCUUACGCUGCGGAGGACUGAGCGAGGGAUUGGCGCUUCAACACGUAAAGCGAAGCAGGAUCAUGUAAUAAGUCUGGCAAGACGAUCAAGUUCAACUAAUGAGUGAAGUGUAAUGUACGCUUGCUGCUUUAUGCCUUCUGGUCACACAUUAAGCAGAAAGCUUGCGGGUAAUAAUGCAAGACAAGACUACUAUCCCAUUUGUUUCCCACCUUUUAGUCCUUGAACUCCCAUCUGCAUUUUAAUAUUUUCUUUUCUCGAAUGACGUCAACCAUGAAUCUAGCAUCUUCCUCUCUAUAUCAUGUAGUGGACUGUUGUAAACUUUACUGUAGUGAGUCUUUCUCUGCCUGGCCCUGCCUGUCUAACCACACCACAGCUAGGUGUGUUUCUAAAGAUCCCUGUGUUGUGGUUUUCUAGUGGUAGUACGGUCUUCUAUACUGGAGUCUUGAAUCAAGGGCAGGGGAAGACUUGUAAAAAAAGGGCAUUUAUUUUUAUUUUAAUGAAAUGAAUAACAAAGUAGAUCUUCAAAGGGGAGAGUUCUGAAGUCUCCAUGGCGAUGUCACCUGUACUACUUUGUCCCCUCUACCCUAAAACCUCACGUAAGAAAAAUGCAAAAGUGUACAAACUGUAUAUAUAUUCUAUAGGGGGGGCAACAAACUCUUUAUCCAACCCCUUUUUAAUCAAUAAAAAUCUAAAAUUGUAGAGAAAUAAAUCAACCACUGGAUAUCAUUUUAUCAAAGAUUAUGCUGUGUGUGUGUAUAUAUAUAAAUAUAUGUAAAAUGGAGUGUUUUUGCAUUUACCUGUUUUUCUAUUAGCAUUUUUUGCUAUAAGCUUUCAAAGACAGUUUGUUAAAAUAGGUAUGUGAAGAUGUCUGGUCUUCAAUGACUUGGAUGAGAAGCCAAGAGUGAAAGAAUGUUGUAGAUGCAUAAUGGAAAGUUGUCAACAUUAUUACAACUUUGAGAAAUCACUUGAAGGGUGCAUAGCAUUUGUGUAUUUAUGUCAAAUUGUUCACCUAUUUGUUCAUUUACUUUUAAUGUAUGCUACUAGUCAAUUUUACCAAAACCUCUCCCUUGAUUGGUCACAAUUGGAUCAUUAGUAUACGGAAAAUCUUUAACUUCUCCCUGGCUAGGAUAUUAGUUAAAUAUGAUUGGUGUUUUAUCUUCCCUAUAGAAGUGAAUGUGUUGGUAUACCUUGUGAAAACAGGCUACUCGGUCUGAUGUUAUGACUAAAUAUUCAAAGUUAACCCUGUACUUACCUGAGAAUAAAUUGCACUCAAUAGUACUUCUAAGUGGUAGAUAUUGCUAAAGUAUGAGUCAGUGAUAUUUUUUUCUUGUCAUGUUUAUUUGAAGGGAAGACCAUUAGACAUUUUGCCGCUCACUGGAUUUUAGCCUAAGUAACUUCUUCAUACCUUCUAUCAUGUUUGAAUAUCUAAAUUAAGUUCUCUGCAUAUCUUAAAUUAAAUAAAGAGCUUGCUAAAAGUUGAACUUUUUUUACCUAACUUUUUAAAAAUGUUUUACAUCUGUACAGCUGAGCUACUUUUAGGGAAUAUGAAUAAUUUUUAUUGUAUGUGGCAUGUUUUGUAUGGAUAUAAUUUUGAAUUGUACAUAGGACGACAGAGGUUUUUUUCUAUACAGCCCCCCCUCCCCCCCAUCCAUUUGUCUCUGCUUUUAUUUCUUUUAAAGAAAAAUAAAAUGCAUUUUAAAUAUAAUUUGGAAUCUUAUUUUCAUUUAAAUUAAACAUGAGUUGAGACUUGCAUGCUAAAGUGAUACUCAGACAGACUAAUACAAAACUUGUAUUUUAAUGUAUAUCACCUACCAUAUGUACACACUUUCUAACUAGUCCUGAAAAAAAGAUUAGUGUAACAUGGUGUCUGAAAUAUUAAAGAGGUGUUUACAGUAUGAAUAGGACAUUUGAUGGUAUAACAAAAAACAAAUUCCCAUGCUAAAACAUGAAUAGGAAUGACAUUUGGUUCUCAUGACAACCAUCUCUUCCUCAAAGCCCUCAUGAAAUACCAGGAUAGAUUGACCCCCAAAUACACCAUCUGUCAUAUCCUUGCCAAUGUUACAGUAGCAGCAACAUUUACUGGGGUAUACCCGCCCCAAAUCCAAAGGGGG